UUUCGUCGACAGUUAUAUAUAAAACAAAAUUUAAUGAUUUCGUUUUAUUGGCUGGACUCUGGAUUCGAAUGUGCAGGAAUUAUUGGGAAAUAAACUAAGUAAUAAACUUUAGAAUCCUACAAAUAAUUAACUGAUGAAUAAUAAUCUUUUAUCUAUAUAUUCACUAAUUUGAUGUCUAAUUCAUUUGUCCAAAAAAAAAAAAGAGUCAUUACUCUAUAUUUUGGUCGCAAUGAAUUUAAAUUGAAAAAUCUUAACCACAAAAAUUAGAAAUAGAAAGCAGAGCAGAAAGGGACCGAGUGAGAUCUUUCACCUUCCGUCUAUAUAAUUAUUUAACCGUUGCUCUGCUCCGACGACUCAGUCGACGGUCGAGCUAUCGGUGGUGAUUUGCGGUGGUCAUGGAUGCUCUCCGAUUCGAGCUAAGCUCAGCUUCCCUCACUUCCUCCGUUCCCGCCUCUUCUCUACUCAGUCAAUCCCGCUACUCCUUCUCCUCGGUGCAACUCGGCCGAGUCGGCUCAUCUCCGGCGAUCGGAUCGGUCGCGAAGACGACGGCGAAUGAAAUCUGUACGGCGGACGAGCUCCACUACGUUCCUGUUCCCAACUCCGAUUGGCGCGCCGCCCUCUGGCGGUAUCUCCCUUCCCCAAAGGCACCUAAGAGGAAACAUCCUUUGCUCCUAUUGUCUGGGAUUGCGACCAAUGCUCUUACAUACGAUCUUUCCCCUGAGUGUUCCUUUGCAAGAUUCAUGUCUGGUUCAGGAUUUGAUACAUGGAUUCUGGAGCUCCGUGGAGCCGGAUUGAGUUCUCUCAGUCUUGAUACAGAUCCUGAGAAACCGAGAAGUACAGAUUCCAGCAAAGACGAGCAACGAAUAGUCUCAAACCUAUUGGAGAAUCUCAUAAACGUAUCUGAGAGGGUGGAAAAUGUUCUUGAUGGAGGUUUCAAGAUCCUCGGGUUGCAAGACCGUUUAUCCAAGAGAGUGGAAGAUUUCAAGCAGCGGCUUGAACUUAUCCCUCGUUACAAUUGGGAUUUUGAUAACUAUCUAGAAGAAGAUAUUCCUUCAGCGAUGGAGUAUGUGAGGACUCAAACCAAACCAAAAGAUGGGAAGUUGUUAGCUAUUGGUCACUCAAUGGGUGGUAUUCUCUUAUAUGCCUUGCUCUCAAAAUAUGGCUUACAAGGAAUGGAUUCGGGUUUGGCUUCUGUCACUACUAUUGCAUCAACGUUGGACUACUCGUCCUCAGGAACACUCCUCAAGUACCUAUUACCCGUGGCAAAGCCCGCGCAAGCUAUUAACCUGUCUGCCCUACCGAUAGAUACAAUGCUCGCGAUGGCUCACCCUCUAAUUUUUCGUCCUCCAUAUGCUUUGUCCUGGUUAACCACUAAUAUCUCUGCUCCUCAAAUGAUGGACACUGAAGUGAUUGAAAAGCUUGUUUUGAACAGCUUAUGCACGGUGCCGGCUAAGCUUCUCUUUCAGCUAGCAACAGCCGUGGACCAGGGUGGACUGCGUGACAGAACCGGUAAUUUCUAUUACAAAGAUCAUAUCAGCCAAACCAGUGUCCCGAUUCUAGCUCUUGCAGGGGACUGGGACAUAGUCUGCCCUCCUGAUGCAGUAUACGAUACUGUAAAGCUGAUUCCAGAACAUCUAGCCACUUUUAAAGUCUUAGGAUCACCCGGAGGUCCACAUUAUGGCCACCAAGAUAUGAUUUCUGGUCGAACGGCCCGGAGCGAAAUAUAUCCACUGAUUAUUCAAUUUCUUCAGCGCCAUGAUGAGAGAUAAGAUCAGCAAAAUUUCAAAUUAUAUCGAUUCUUGUUUCUGUAAAAAAAAAAAAGAAA